GGAAAGGAAAAGGAAAAGGAAAAAGAGGUCAAAUUUUCUAGCCCAAAAAAGCUAAGGGCGGCUCUGGCUCUGGAUUUGAUCCUACACUACAAAACAACAACAACAACGCCAAAUUUGGUGGCUGCCAUUUCAUCUGCCGAGUCUCAGCUGUUUUCUCAAUCAAUCAGCCAGCAGCCAGAAAGGAGCUCCGGGAAUUUUUCUCGUCUGCUUCAUUUCAUUCCGGAUUUUUCCUCUGGGUUCGGAAAUCAGACCUCUCAAAGCUAUCGACUUUACAGUCCCAAAUCCAGUUUGCUGCAUUCGAAUCCAAUUUCUCAGAUUGGGUAGAUCAUAGUUAACUCCUACCUCUGAAGGCAAGAGCGAAUUCGAUCGCUUUUCAAGUUUGUUUUGCAGAAAUUGUGGGGGAAAUGAUUGGGGAGAUGGGAAGUAAACUACUGUUUCUGGGAUCUACACCGCAGGAUUAGAAGAUCGUUUCUUUGGGAGCGAAAGCGUGGUCGUAGUUUUUUUUUGUUUUUUCAACUGCUAAGGGUUUGAAUUCACCAUGGAGAGAAGGAGCAGUUUUAAGGGAGCUGCAAUGGGGAAACAGGGGAGUGUUGGUGGGGAGAAACCCAAAGUAAUGGUCAAACACUUGAGCUUCCAUGGCGUGACAGUAGCGAAUGAUUCGUCGAUGACACCUCGCAGAGUGAUGGAGAAACGCCCCAGCUUCAAGGGAGUUAUGGAGAGACAACCGGACGAGCCAUCGAUGACAUCAAAUCGCAGCAGAGUGAUGGAGAAACCACCCAGGGGAGCAAUGGAGAAGCAACAGAAUGAAGAGGCGAUGACAUCAUCAUCAUCAUCUCGCAGCAGAGUGAUGGAGAAACACCCCAGCUUUAAGGGAGCACUGGAGAAGCAGAAGAGCUUUCGUGGGUUUAUUGAGAAGCAGAAAAGCUUUCGUGCGGUCAUGGAGAGGCAGCUCAGCUUUAUCGGCGUUAGCGAGAAGAAGAAGAGCAAAGAAUCGCCGGGGAAGCGAGGUGAUUCGUUGCUUCAUUUGGCUGCUCGUGCCGGGAAUUUGAGCAACGUGAGAGAGAUUCUUCAGAGGUGUGAGGGAAGUGAAGCAAAGGGUUUGCUUUUGGUUCAGAAUCAAGAUGGAGAGACACCUCUUUAUGCAGCGUCUGAACACGGGCAUGCUGAUGUGGUUUCUGAAAUGCUGGGAUAUAUGGACCUGCACACGGCUUCUAUUGCAGCUAGGAAUGGUUUUGAUCCUUUCCAUGUUGCUGCAAAGCAGGGUCAUUUGGAGGUGCUGAGGGAACUUCUUGAUGUGUUCCCCAACCUGGCCAUGACCACCGAUUUGUCAUGUACAACUGCCUUACACACAGCCGCGACUCAAGGACACGUAGAUGUGGUCAACCUUCUUCUGGAAACGGAUUCAGAUCUUGCUAAGAUUGCACGGAAUAACGGGAAAACGGUUCUUCAUUCCGCUGCAAGGAUGGGGCACUUGGAGAUUGUGCAUUCGCUUAUAACCAAAGAUCCAAGUUCUGGUUUUAGGACAGAUAAGAAGGGACAGACCGCACUCCAUAUGGCUGUGAAAGGGCAGAAUGUGGACAUUGUACUGGAAUUGCUGAAGCCUGAUCCUUCUGUUUCGAGUUUAGAAGAUAACAAAGGAAACACAGCAUUGCAUAUCGCCACAGCAAAGUGUCGUACCCAGAAUGUAAGGUGUCUGUUAUCUGUUGAGGGCAUUAACAUCAACGCCAUGAACAAGAGUGGGGAGACGCCAUUGGACAUAGCAGAAAAAGUUGGAACCCCUGAACUUGUUUCUGUCUUAAAGGAGGCAGGGGCAAGCCACUCUAAAGACCUUGCUAAACCCGCUAAUCCAGCUAAGCAACUUAAGCAGACAGUCAGUGACAUUAAACAUGAUGUCCGAUCUCAGCUCCAUCAGACACGUCAAACCGGUUUCAGGGUCCGAAAAAUCGCCAAGCGCCUGAAAAAGCUCCACAUCAGUGGCCUCAACAAUGCCAUAAACUCCGCUACAAUUGUUGCCGUACUGAUUGCUACAGUUGCAUUUGCCGCCAUCUUCACGGUGCCUGGGCAGUAUAUCGAGGAGAAAGUGGUUGGGGUAUCACUUGGCCAGGCCCACAUUGCAGAAAACCCUGCUUUUCUGAUAUUUUUCGUGUUUGACAGCCUGGCAUUGUUUAUCUCUCUGGCUGUCGUUGUUGUGCAAACAUCUGUUGUCGUGAUUGAACAGAAGGCCAAGCAGCAGCUCGUGUUUGUGAUUAAUAAACUCAUGUGGCUAGCUUGCCUCUUCAUCUCAGUUUCCUUCAUUUCCCUCACGUACAUUGUAGUGGGAAAGAAAUCUAGGUGGCUUGCCUUCUAUACAACGGCUCUUGGUACUCUGAUCAUGGUCACUACUAUUGGAUCCAUGUUUUAUUGUGUGGUGGUUCAUCGGAUGGAGGAGUCGAGGUUGAGGAGCCUAAGGAAAACUGAGAGCAGGUCUCACUCUUAUGCUAUGUCUGUGGCAUCAGAAGAUCAGGAGAUUUUGGAAAGUGAAUAUAAGCGGAUGUAUGCUCUGUAGGGAGAUUCUUUAAGUUAUGAAAGGAAGAUGUUAUUUGUAGAGCUAUUCCUAUUGGCUUGUAAGAAUAUGUAUGUGGAAAUGCUUGGAGCUGUCAUUGGGGCUUUUUAACUGGCACUCCAUGCGUAAGGAACAACACUCUUCAGAGGUUCAGAGAAGGUGAUUCACCGUCUCAUCCUUAGUCUUCUGCAAUGCUGCUAAAGCUACAAGCUCUGUUAAUAGGGUAUGUUGGUUCCCUCUACUACUUUUAUCUGUAAGGUUCUCUUCAGCGAUGGCUUUAUUGGGGUUUACAUUUGAGUCCCAUUUGUACUUACUGAAUUAAGCCAUCAAAACGCAGGCAAUAAGUUGCUAUUGUAUCCUGGAGUUGUAUGCAAAGUGUGUAGUAAUGCAGUAAUGAAUGAAAUUUAUAAUUAGUUUCAACACUUGUUACCCAUUUGUGGGAACUUAACUGUUCCAUCACCAUAU